CAACAACGAAAGGCAUUUAUACCUCGUCACCAACCCUCCCACUUUCUUCAAAGAGACUUCUGCUUGUCACAUCGUAUGCUGAGCAUUGAAUCUUCCACAAAGAACUUACGACGAAAUAUAUCACGCCACCAUGUCCGACUUCCCUUCCCUUCAGCCGGCCUUUACCGUUCGGGUCGUGAUUGAUGCUCCUUUGUCAGUCGGUGAUGCGAAGGGAAGCCCUUUGGCUAUUGUGCCUAUGACAAGCGGAACCGUCAAGAGCGAACCCGGUUUCGAGCCGAAACUCGACGCUGAGCUCCACGGUGUCGGAUAUGACUAUAUCCAUAAUGAUGCCAGCGGCGAGGCCAUGAGGCUGGACGUACGUUCUCAAGUCAAGAACAACGAUGGCACUAUCCUCGCAAUGUACUACAAGGGCACCGUCGCUCUCACAGACGGCGUCAAAGCCAUUCUGUCAGGCUCUCCCGAUGCAAAGACCACAGGCUUCGGAGACUCAUUCACCACCUUCACCUUCGAGACCGGCAACCCAGCCUACAAAGCGCUGGCGAACGGCACUUUCGUCGCCGCGGGCCAUUUCGUCAAAGAGCCGAACAGCAAGGAGGUCAUUGUCGAGUACAAGGUCAGUCUCGCGCGUGCAGGGUAAGAGGGACGUGCGGGGUUCUGCACUGUUAUGACACGGCAUGAAUCCGUGAAUGCUGGAGCGGAGCAUAGAGAGGAGUUGAUGAGACUAUCAGUACGAAAGGUCUCAAAGACAUGUUAUCUUAAGGAAAACAAGAAAGAAUCAUUAAGGAUGCUGUAUGAUUUGGGUAAGCAACCAGCGCCAAGCUGUAAGUCUGCACCAGACUCUUACGACUGGCGGAGGGGCUUCGAUGUAUAGCUCAUCGUGAUGAUUGCUUUACGAUCCCUCCUGUGGUCCUCCCUCAGGGAGACACGAGUAAGGUAGGAUCCCUCAAGCAGUGUUGAAGGGUGUACCCAAGAGCAGAAGCCCAGACCUCGAUUGCAGCCGAAAGACAAAGACCUCCUACCCUCUUCUGGCCCCCCUUCACGGCCUCACUCCAAGAAUUCCAUAUACCAAUUGCCCAUCCCCCC